AUGAAACCUUGCUUGUGUGUCUCCUGCUGGCGAUCUGGUUUGGUGGAUAACCGGUCGCGCACCUCCACCACCACCAACAGUGGCGCCAGCGCUGCGGUACAGACCCGCAUCGUCCACUGGAACUUCAACAACGCCCUGGGCUCAGGGGUCGCCUACCCACUGCCCAUCGCCUCCUCCUCCGGCUCUGGAAGCCUCACCAGCAACUUCGUCCCCGCCAAUGUCGUGACCUUCACCGGCAAUUCGAUCAACCUCGUUUCUGGCGAGGUCGCAGGCCAAGAUCUGGCGGUGCAAAGCAAUGCCAACAACGGCCGCUAUGUCGACUUCACCUUCAGCUCGGUGGGCUUCGUCGACAUCACCCUCACGCUGGCCCUCCGCCGCACGGGCACCGGCUUCCCCUCGGUCGCCGUGCAGACCGACGGCGUCACGCGCGCCUCCAUCGCGCCAGCGACCACCGGCACCUACGAAUCGAUGACCGUCAACCUGUCGGCCUACGCCGAGAUCGCGGACAACGCUACGGCCGUCGUUCGCUUUCUGUUCACCGGUGCCACCGACGUGUCAGGCAACAACCGCAUGGACAACGUACAGUUCCUCGGUACGGCCCUGCCGCCCUCGCCCUCGCCCUCGACCUCGCCCUCGCCCUCGCCCAGCGCCCUCGAGCACCUCCUCGCCCACGUCCUCGAGCACCUCUUCGCCCACGUCGUCGCCCUCGCCCUCAUUCACCCCUUCGUCCACCCCCUCUCCCACGGCCUCGCCCUCGUCGUCUCCCACCUCCUCGCCCUCGUCGUCGCCCUCGCCCUCAUCCACCCCCUCGUCCACCCCCUCUCCCACGGCCUCGCCCUCGUCGUCUCCCACCUCCUCGCCCUCGUCGUCGCCCUCGCCCUCGUCGUCGCCCUCGCCCUCGUCCACCCCCUCUCCCACGGCCUCGCCUACGUCGUCUCUCACCCCCUCGCCCUCGUCGUCGCCCCCGCCCUCGUCCACCCCCUCGUCCACCCCUCGUCCACGGCCUCGCCCACGUGGUCGCCCUCGGCCACGCCCUCACCCACUCAGUCGCCCACCAACUCGCCGACGCCAUCCACCACUCCCUCGCGCACACCCUCGCCCACCAACACGCCGUCGCCCACCACAUCGCCCACUGCAACCCCAUCGUCCACAGCCACGCCCUCCUCAUCGAGCACCACCCCGAGCCCGUCCGCGUCCCCUUCGCUCACCCCUUCGGGCUUGCCCUCGGCGUCUGCCAGCCCGUCGGCGGCCUCCGCCCUGGUGUGCCAGGCCGAGGUUCACAGCCCCUCGCGCGCCGAGCUCGACGACCUCAAGUAUGUACGCUCGCUACUCUCCGUCAACCUGCCCGGCCGACCGCGCCACGUCACCGCCCUGGGCCUGCGCAAUCGGGUGGCGGCGUGCCAGUCCGACGUCGACCAGCUCUCGCUGGACGCGGACCUCGAGGCCCGGCGGGCGAGCGCGGCCGAUCCGGCCACCAUUCGCGCGCGGUUGCGCGUGAUCGACAUGGCAUGCCCGGUGGUGAGCAGCUACAACGAGCUGAGCUUCACUGGCACCGCAGCCGAGGCCGUGCGCCACUGGAGCGCCCCUGAGUUCGCCGACGUGCUCGACCGGGCCACGCACUUUGGUUUGGGCGUGUGGCAGCUACAGGAGCAGCAUGCAACGACGAGCAAAGGCAAGCAGGUGUCCACGUUCCUGAUGUCGGUGGUGGAGGUGACCAACAAGUUGAGCGAGUGCCCUCCCAUCGAGCUGCCUGCAGCAUACCAGACCCCAACAGUGUGA